ACUUUACCACGCAUAUCCCACAACAUUGGGAUUUCCAUUGGAUCCAGGUUUGCUUGACGUCAAUACUUUCAGUUCCUUUCCAGUCACAACUGCAGCCUCCUUGCUGCGUAAUUCCGUUAUUUCCUCACCUAACAGGCGACUUAAACCCGUUAUCAGAGACGUGCAGAGGCGCUCAGCGUGUUGACGGACUGAAUACACAGCUCGUCAAUUAAGAUUCACCGCUGCAGAGAGAGAGAGAGAGCGAGAGAGAGAGAGCGAGAGAGAGAGAGAGAGAGAGAGAUUCAUUGAUCCACUGCUGCUGCUGCUGCGCAUCUAAACUCCUCCCGGUCAUUGGACAACACCAGCCCGACAGACGCGGCGCACACAGGGGACUGUAUAAAAGCUGUGCAGCUGUCAGGUGGACGACACUGGCUGCUCUGAAGGGACACUUUCAUUACACACGGAUUUACAGCUCCGCAUUAACUCUCACAUUCAAAGUCUCGCCAUGUCUUGGGGAUACGCAGCGAACAACGGACCCGACAAAUGGGCUGAUAACUUCCCUGUGGCAAAUGGAGUCCGUCAGUCUCCCAUUGACAUCGUACCUGGUGAAGCGACCUUCGAUGGAGGACUGAAGCCGCUGAACCUGAAGUACGACCCCUCCACCUGCCUGGAAAUUCUCAACAACGGACAUUCCUUCCAAGUGACCUUCCUAGAUGACACCGACAGUUCAACUCUGAAAGAUGGGCCGAUCUCUGGAGUCUACAGGCUCAAGCAGUUUCAUUUCCACUGGGGAGCUUGUGACGAGAGGGGCUCAGAACACACAGUGGCCGGGACCAUGUAUCCUGCUGAGUUGCAUCUCGUGCACUGGAACACCAAAUAUGGGAGCUUCGGAGAAGCCGCUAGCAAACCUGAUGGACUCGCAGUCGUCGGAGUUUUCCUGAAGAUCGGAGCUGAAAACGCCAACCUCCAGAAGGUUCUUGACGCCUUUAGUUCCAUCAAGGCCAAAGGCAAGCAGACCACCUUCGCCAACUUCGACCCCGCCACCCUCCUCCCCGGUUGCCUGGACUACUGGACGUACGACGGCUCUCUGACCACACCCCCUCUGCUGGAGAGCGUCACCUGGAUUGUCUGCAAAGAGCCAAUCAGCAUCAGCGCCGAGCAGAUGGCCAAAUUCCGCAGCCUGCUCUUCUCCGCUGAGGGUGAGUCCGAGUGCUGCAUGGUGGACAACUACCGCCCUCCCCAGCCGCUCAAGGGUCGCUGUGUCCGCGCUUCCUUCAAAUAAAGCCCCUCCCCCUUUAGUUGCCCUUUUGUGCCCUCUCCCUCCCUUCCCCCUCCCUUUAGUCAGAGUUACCUCUGGAUGCAGUGAGCCACAAAGCACACAUAUCUCUCUCCGUCCUAUCUUGAAAAGUGAAUUUCCUGUUGCCCAGCGGCUUUCGGUGCUGGGGCCGGUGUAGCCGUGAGUUCGAGCCCCUGGAGGAUUUACACCUCUAUUUGUGUGAUAAGCCAGCCUGUUGUAAUUUAUUAAAACAAACACCUCAUGGUGGAGGCUACACGUUUACCAGGAUUUUGCAUCUGGUGCCAAUGUUUUUGUGUCAUGCAACAAAGAUAAAAUGUAAAGCCUGAAUUGUGCUCUGGAGCCACUGGGAGGCAGAAAGCAGGAGCUCGUUGCAGUGGCCAGGGAGGAUGAAAGUAUAUCACCAUCUGUGAGGAGGAGGGUGAACACACACACACACACACACUCCCGCAGCCAGUCCGUCUGUAAUCGGACGGACUGCCAGCUUCUGCAUCACAGCAGCUUAAUAAAACGCCGCUGCCGCCUCCAUCACGACCGAUUGACGCAGAAAAUCCCCCUCUGGCACAUUGCACGUGCAGUCUCAUGCAGACACGCUGCCUAUAGGCACUGACCUGCUUAUUGAUUCCAAUCCAGGCAACAGAGGACACAAGGACAGACCAGUGCGAGCUACUGACAACAGCAUAUUUCUGUGACUGCAGCCUAAUCUCUAAAUCUAUCACGUGUUUGUCAUCCCAUGUUGUGUUUUUAAUAUUAUGAUGUUUUAGCCUGAAAGGUUAUGCAAAAUAAGUCUUAAAGUAUUUCCUAAAUUAUGUUUUCUGCAACCAAAAGCUCUUUUGCAUUUUUGAUGCUCUGAUAAUAUAACAACAGAGAGGAUUGACCCUCCCUUUUCAAAAUGUAACAAAAAAAAAAAAAUCCCUUCAUGUGUUGUUUUGAAAUCCCAGUGUGUUGCGUGCUAAUGCUUAAAACGCACAGUUGCCAUGUGGGCAACGCCAUAGAGGCUAAUGCACAAAGCCAAGGAAGGAGUCGCCCUUGCCGAGACAGCCAAGGAAGAAAAGAACCUGCCAACAGAUUAAAGUGUCAGCCUGGUGUCAGGCCUUGUUUGUAGGAGAAUAAUUAACAAUAGCUUCCCUUCCACAUCGGGACCUGGAGGUUUGUCGCUGCGAGCGUUUCUGAAACAUUGAAGACCAAGAUGAUGUUUUUCCAGAAAGAUUGUAAUUUGUGCUAAAAAAGAGAGAAAAAAAAGCCUUAUGCCAAUCUCUGUUGAGGCCGUCCCAGGAGUAUGUGUUGUCUAUUUCGGAAGUGGACGUUUUACUAGUUGAAUAAAUAUAUUUUAUGACUAUC